AUGUCUAUUCCCGGGCUAGGCCAAAUUGCCCCGCAGCAACCCACAACCUCAACAACCAACACCAUCACCCUCCGCCCCUUCUGGGAGUGGCGUUUCAGGGUCCCGCGCAGCUCCCCAACAGGCGUGGGCGCCACCGUGCGCCUGACCAGCGGCACCGCCGAACGCGACGGCACUGAGCUCGCCCUCAACCACACCUAUGUCUUCCCGCGUAACACCCAGAGCCGCCUGCUCACCUACACGGGCGGCACCCUCGAGGUCAGCGGCGACUAUGACGACAGCAGCGUCGCGCAGUACGGGACGCCUGGACAUUCGCCCCAGCUGUCGGUGCUGAAUUUGCAUUUUGCGUUGCAGGACUUGCGCGCUGCUGUGGGGAAGAGUAAUAAUAAUAAUAAUCUUAAUCAGGGUGGGAGUUCCGAUGGAGCGGUCCCAGGACCCAGGGUGAUGAUAUGCGGGGGUAAAGACAGGGGCAAGACAUCAUUGGCGAGAACGCUCGCCGCGAUGGCGACACGUAUGGGUGGGCAGCCGCUCGUGGCCAGCGUCGACCCGCGCGAGGGCAUGCUUGCGCUGCCGGGCACGAUCAGCGCGGCGGUGUUUGGGACGGUGAUGGAUGUGGAGGACCCGGCGGGCGGAUUUGGAGUUAGUGGUACGCCUAGCAGCGGGCCGAGCGCCGUGCCGGUUAAGUUGCCGAUGGUGUAUUAUGUUGGGAGAGAGAGGGUGGAUGAGGACGUGGGGUUGUGGAGGGACUUAGUGGGCAAGUUGGGGAGUUCGGUGAGGGCUAAGUUUGCGGCAGAUGAGCUGGUGAGGGAGGCUGGGUUGAUCGUGGAUACGCCGGCGGCAAGCGUUGCGAAGGCGGAAGUGGAGGGGUUGAUUCAUGUGGUCAAUGAGUUUGCGAUAAACAUCGUGGUCGUACUCGGGUCGCCGGCCCUCUACACCGAGCUGCAACGCCGACUGGGAACGGAAAAGACACCUCACGGAGAAACUAUCGCGCUGUUGGAUCUCGUCAAGUCGGAUGGUGUGGCGGCACGGGACAAGGAUCACAUGAAGUUCAACCGCGAGGCCGCGAUUAAGGAAUACUUUUUCGGCGACGCCAAAAGGACACUCAGUCCGUUUACGCAGUCGGUUGGGUUUGACGAGGUGGCUAUUUUCAAGGCACCCGAUGACUCAGAUUAUGUUGACGACCAAACAACUCUCGAGCAGGCCGAGAUCUCGGCGGAGAUGUCCCACUGGACGCUCGCGGUCAUGAAUGCAUCAAUCAACGACCCACCGGAGACGAUCCGGCAGGCGCCCGUCAUGGGAUUUGUGGCCAUCGCAGAUGUGGACGAGAACAGGCGGCGUCUCAAGAUCCUGUCCCCCGUGAGCGGGAGACUGGGGAAUCGACCGCUAGUCUGGGGCCGGUGGCCUGAGCCUUACAUCAACUUGCUAGGGUAG